GAGGCAAGAAGUGCAGUACAACAUUUCAAUCCGUUUCUCCUGAUAACCUUGAGAGAAGAUUGGAUUUCAAGUAUGCCGCCUUCAUUUGGAACUUCUGGCGCACCGCCUGAGCCGACCCGGCUAAGGCAAAUUGCUUUAGUCGUCAGGGACUUAAAGAAAGCAGAGCAAUUGUUGGUAAGUUGAGUCGAAACUCUGGCAUACAGUCAGGAUAACGCGAAAGAUUUGUCCAAAGUUGUGUUCAGACCUAGCAUGUGCCUGGAAUGAAGCCACCAAAAGCCAUGGGCUGCAUUGUGAAUCAACUGCUGAUAGCUGACCACUUGCAGACCAAGGUGCUCGGCGUAGAGGUAUGCUUCCGAGAUCCAGCUGUUGCGCAAUGGGGCCUCGAGAACUUCCUUUUGCCGAUUGGCGGUGAUAUCAUCGAGGUCGUUGCGCCAUUCAAAGAGGGCACCACCGCUGGCCGUUUGCUGGAGAAACGUGGCGAAGGAGGCUAUAUGAUCAUCAUGCAAAAUCUCAAUGCUCAAAAGCGUCGUCAGUACAUCGAAUCCAAGAAGCUCUCCAAGGUCAUCUUUGAGCAUGUACAUGACGACGUCACGUGUAUACAGUACCACCCCAAGGGCAUCAAGGGUGGUAUGAUGCCCGAACUCGACAGUCACGCAGCCACCGAGGCAAACCCGAAUCCAUUGAAGGACCGUUUCUCGCCCUGGCACGCCUGUGGUAAGGACUAUGAGCACUAUUCUAGGCUGAUGCGGAAAUACGGAGAUCUGCACCUCUCAAGUGCGCUGCUGAGACUUGCGCCUGGUGAUUGGGAUACCGAGGGUGCGAGUAGGCAAUGGGAAAGUAUUUUUGGCGUUGGUAUGAGCAGAGACCUCGUGGCUUUCACGAAUGCAAGAAUGGGCUUCGUGCGCGGCCAGGAGGGAAAGCCAGAGGGCCUGGAUAGUAUAACCAUAUCCGUCAACGAUGGGGCCAGACUAGAUGGCAUCUUGCAGCGUGCUAGCGAUUUGGGACUGUGCGGAGAUGGAUUCGUGAACAUGUGCAAUGUCAAGUGGUACUUCAGAUACGCUGGGGGAGGAAGGGCACCUAGCAGACUCUGAGCAGAAUGCAAAACACUAAAUAUUAUC